AAAAAAUAAAUUUCAUAGGCAUAAAUAAUAUUAAAUAUGUUACGCAUAAUAACAAUUUACCUAGUACUUUGCACUUUCGGUGGAGAUACCAAAAGACCUAGUAAAAUUGUCAACGGCUAUAUGGCAUGGGAGAAUGAAUUUCCUCAUCAAGUUUCACUACGAGUUUGGGGCCAGCAUAUUUGUGGUGGCAGUAUUAUUAGUCCACGACAUAUUCUCACAGCAGCUCAUUGUGUUGUCGAUGAUAAUAAACAUCUUCAUCGGAAUAUGGCAGUUCUAUCUGGUACUAACGAUAGAUAUUCGCUUCAGUCUGGUCAACUUCAUAAGGUUUCUAACAUCAUUUAUCAUCACGGUUACACUCCUAGUGACAACUGGAGAAAUGAUAUUGCCGUUCUUGUGCUCGAAAAACCGAUGAUCUUUAAUUCUCGUCAACAACCAAUCAGAUUACCAAGUCACGAUAUACCACCUAAAACUCGAGUCAUGGCGAGUGGAUGGGGUGCUUUAACUUUCGCUGAUCCAUCUUCAGCUCCUCAACGUUUACAGAAACUUGAUAUGACUAUUGUUAGUAAUCAAGAAUGUGAAGAAAUGCAUGGAAAGGCAAUUUAUCCGUGUCAGAUAUGUGUUUUCAACGGCGCUGGUCGUGGAGUUUGUGUGGGUGAUAGUGGCGGUCCAUUGACUUAUGAGGGUCAAGUUUUUGGAAUUGCUUCGUGGGUAGCUCCCUGUGCACUCGGUUAUCCGGAUGUCUUUACGAGGGUUCACUACUUUGUUCCUUGGAUUAAUGACAUAAUGCGACGAUAUUGAAACUGUUUCUUAUUCUGUUGAUACAUAUGACUACUUAUUAUAUUUCUUAGUGUAUUUUUGGUGCUUGA